AUGAAUUAUAAUAAGAAAGGACUCCUCCGCCUCCUUGAGUUAAUGGUGCAGGGUCAAAUGUCUCGUCUCGUUAUCACACAUAAAGAUAGACUUCUCCGAUUUGGUGCAGAGAUCGUUUUUCGUAUUUGCGAACUCAAAGGUAUAGAAGUUGUCAUUAUCAACAAAGGUGAACAACCUUCUUUUGAGGAAGAACUCACACGUGACGUAAUGGAAAUCAUGACUGUAUUUUGUGCGAAACUCUACGGACAACGUUCUCAUAAGUCGAAGAAAAUGGCUCAAGAGAUAGCGAAUAUCGUAUCCGAAGAAAAAGAACAAUUGGAACUACAAUUUGGAACUCCGAACCCAGAAAAUAGCACUCAAUCCAAAUAA